UCAAAGCUGUCAGGUUUCUUGUUGGAAAUUGGGGAAGUCUUCCCCGACGUGAUUUUUGCACCCAAACGUCGUCACAACAUGUAUACAACUCAGAAAUUGAAUCAGAACGUCAAAGGGGUAGAGAUUGAAUGUAUUUCGAGUCUUACCUCGAUCGGAAAAUUUUGAGAACUCACCGGAGUUCUCCAUUUCCUGUUUUCUCCGAUGCGGGGUACAAGAGUUGCUCGAUAUCAAAAUUGGUGUAAGUAAGGAACUUCUGCCCAGGGUCCAAUUUGGUGAGUUUGAUGGUGUGGUGGGAGAUAUUACAAUCACCACUAGCAGAACAAAGAUGGUGGAUUUCACACAGCCAUACAUUGAGUCUGGUCUAGUUGUGGUUGCUCUAAUUAGGAAGACGAACUCUAGUGCUUGGGCAUUUUUGAGGCCUUUUACUCCAAUGAUGUGGAGUGUCACAGGCAUUUUCUUCCUAGUUGUGGGAGCAGUUGUUUGGAUUUUGGAGCGUCGGACCAACGAGGAUUUUCGAGGCCGUCCGAGAGAAAAAACCGGCAGCACGCUUGCUCGAUUUGUGCUUAUCAUAUGGCUAUUUGUGGUUCUAAUAAUCAACUCAAGCUACAUUGCUAGCCUGACAUCAAUCCUCACUGUUGAGCAGCUUUCUUCACCUGUUAAAGGGAUUGAAAGUCUGGUAACCGGCAGUGAUCCCAUUGGUUUCCAAAGGGGUUCGUUCGCUGAAAACUACUUAACUGAUGAGCUAAACAUACAAGUCAAGACUUGUGCCUCUUAACUCCCCAGAAGAAUAUGAGAAGGCCUUGAAAAUGGUCCUAGUGCAGGCGAUGUUGCAUCUGUGAUUGAUGAGAGUGCAUACAUGGAGCUCUUCCUCUCCGUUCGAUGUGGAUAUAGUAUCGUAGGUCAAGAAUUCAUCAAAAUGGGAUGGGGUUUCGCAUUUCCAAGGGACUCGCCUCUUGCAAUUCACAUGUCAACUGCGGUAUUGAAACUAUCGGAGAAGGGAGAUCUUCAAAAGAUUCAUGACAAAUGGCUGAAGAAAAGUGCUUGCAGUGCAGAAGGAGCAAAGCAAGCCAUAGACCGUCUUUCGUUGAGUAGCUUUUGGGGCCUCUUUCUGUUGAGCGGCAUAGCUUGCUUUCUGGCUCUUGUUCUUCAUGUUCUUCGAUGGUCCACCAGUACUACAGGCAUUAUUGAUGCAGGACAGAACCAAGGGUAUCAAGAAGAAGGGAAUAGAUAACUUGGGAUUCGCUCAACCAGGGGCAACAGAGCUCGCUCACGUCGCUAAUCGUGGAUUCACUCACACGACCAAGCCAAAUGCUUG